AGCGUUUACUGAAUGUUGCAAUUUGUGAAUAGUUCAACAUAAGCACUGUGUGUCUUGUUCCAAAGACCCUCAAAAUAAUGGCAUCCCGGAAAAUUUGGGAUCCUGAAGAGCACGGAUUAGCAAAAAAAUUUCGAUUGACUGAUUAUACUGGGUUGAAAGGGUGAGGAUGUAAAGUCCCUCAGAAGACUCUGCUCAAACUUCUCGAGGGAUUUACCAACGAUCAGCCACAAAAAAGGGAUGGUUUCCCAACAAUUGGUAUUGGACUUGAUGCUUGCGUCAUUCCACUGCGAUUUGGUGGUUUAUCAUUACUACAAACAACAGACUUUUUCUAUCCACUUGUGAAUGAUCCUUAUAUCAUGGGCAAAAUAGCUUGUGCAAACGUACUUAGUGACUUAUAUGCAAUGGGUGUGCUAGAAUGUGACAAUAUGUUAAUGCUCUUAAGUGCAAGUCAAAAAUUUACUGAGGAACAAAGAGAUAUUAUUUUGCCACUCAUGAUGCAAGGCUUUCGGGAUUUGGCAAAAGAAGCCGGUACUUCUGUAACAGGUGGUCAAACUGUAGUCAAUCCAUGGUGCCUUAUCGGUGGAGUAGCAACCACGAUUUGUCAACAAAACGAAUUUAUCAUGCCUGAUCAAGCAGUUCCCGGCGAUGUACUGGUUUUAACGAAACCUCUUGGUACACAAAUAGCGGUAAAUGCAUAUCAAUGGAUGCUACAAAAAAAUCAACACUAUAAUCGCAUCAAAUUCAUUGUUACAAAAGAAGAAAUUGAGAAUGCUUAUUGUAUUUCAAUGUUGCAUAUGUCUAGACUGAAUAGGAUUGCUGCGCAAUUGAUGCAUGUUUUUGGCGCCCAUGCUGCAACUGAUGUAACAGGUUUCGGAAUACUCGGACAUGCAGAUAAUCUAGCAAAACAACAGCGAAAUGAGGUAAAUUUUGUUUUACAUAAUUUACCAAUAUUUGAAAAAAUGGCCGCUGUUGCCAAGGCCAGCGUUAUAAAAUUUGGUUUAUUAGAAGGAACGUCUGCAGAAACAUCUGGAGGUUUAUUAAUUGCACUUCCACGCGAGCAAGCAGAAAAAUAUUGCAAAGAAAUUUUCAAGCAUGAGGGACUUCAAGCUUGGAUUAUAGGAAUAGUUGAAAAGGGUGAGAGAAAAGCUCGGAUUAUUGAUCGUCCAAGAGUUAUUGAAGUUCCAAAUGUUGAACCAGAACAUGUACCUACACCAGUUGUUCUACCUAUUCCCACCACAGUUACAGUUUCCCGAAAACGAAAUUAUGAAUCCAUUGCGCAACCAACCCCACCUCCACAUAUUGAUGUUCAGCAACCACAACCACACCAUCAUCUUGUCCAUACCCAACCACAACCUAAUUAUAUUCCUGAACCAUCAACUGACCAUCAAAGGCAUGUUUUACCUAUGCACCCAGGUCUUGUUAUGCACGGCAAUGGUGUGCUGCAUCAUCCAUUGGAAGCACAACCUCCACCCGUUGUCCCAAAUCCUUAUCAUCACAUGCACUUUCCUGGCCAACAAUAAUGUGUUGUCUAUAUUUGAAUAAUAAAGAUUGGGCAUAGUUCUAUUUUCUAUUUUUCAAUCAGUUUCAAGCGCUUUCUCUGAAUUACCUAUUGCCUACUAAACCCAUUGAAGUUUAUAGGAUCUCUACUGCCAAUCAAAACUUACAACUGUGUUGUGUGUCCUGUGAUAAGUAUUAUCUAUAAAAACUUUGUCAAAUGAAUUUGUUUCAUACAUAUCCAAUAAUUUCAAAAAAAUGUUUUUAAAAUUCCAAAGUCUAAAUUUACUGGCAUUUAUCACCCAAUUAAAUUUGGUUAUAGUUGUUUGACUUCUUACACAAUGUUAAAACAGAAAAAGUUCAGAUAGAAAUGUAUCAUGAAGUAAAAGUAUCAUAAUUGCUGAAUAUAUAAAUUUUACUUUGAACACCUUUUUUAUAAUCAUACCAGAUUUAGCCAUGGUACUUUCACAUGAACUCAAUAUUUAUGCAGUGUUUACUCAAGUAUGAUCCGCGGCCAGAAAUAUCCAGAUUAGUUUUUGUCAUCAUGGUCCUUCAUGGAUAUUACAUCUGUGGUUUAUGAUAUUAAAUACAUGCUGAUGUCAUACUUUUUGACGAUUUGGUAAUGAAAGAUUGGUAAUGCUAUAUUUUCCUACUCCUAUAUUUUUGAAAAAGUAUGAUCUAGCACUUUUUCCAACGUUUUGAGUGUUCCUAAUUCUUAAGUGCAUCAACAUCAACAUUAGGCUGAUAAUAAUAACUCGAAAACAUAUUUAAAAAUCUUUCAAAACCAUAAAUGCUUUUCAUUCACUGAUAUUAUCAUUUUCGGAAUAUUGACUUUUAAGACUGUUUCACAAACACUGAUAAUUAGUCUGUAUAUCAAUGCACUAUUCCAGCCACUAACAAACUUCAAAUAUUAACGCGUUGUCAAUAGAACCUAUUCGAGGUGUGACCACAGACCACACAUACUAUGUUUGUUUCUGUGUGUUCAUUGCAAACCACUGUUCAUUUUUUAUGUAAUCUGGGCAGCAUUUUGCUGUGUUUGAUAUCAUGAUUAUUUUAUGUAACUUUAUAUGAACUGUCAAAGUAUGAAUCAUGUACUAAUCUGUCUAUUAAUGUGGUGAGUAAGAACUCUACAUGUCCAAUGCUAUAUAGUCUUCUUUUUGUCGGUGAAAUGAUCUUAGCUAAAAUUUUUUGUCCGAUAAAUCUUCCUAGAACCUUCAUAGAAAUAUAGAACCUUCAUAGAAAUAUAACAACACAAGUAUAUUUUUUAUGCCAAUUGCCAAUGAAUAGUUUUUGAUGCAGAACAUAUAGGAUACUUGGAUGAUUGAAUCCACUAACAUGAGUUUACUAGAAGUUUUGUUCUGCUCUCCCAUUCUGAUUUAAAAAAAAAAUUGCUGUGAAGUUUUGUCAUUUUGUAAUUUGGCUUUUGAUGGUAGUAAAAUUUGAUGGGGUUCACUCUACUUUAGUUAUCUACAAUUAAUUAUUAUAAUUUUCCUUAUCUUAUAUACCAGAUAAUUGAUGAGUGUAUAAUUUGAGAGAAGGGCAUUUGUUGACCUUGCAUAAAUUCACAAUAUUUAUAAUCACAGUCAAUAUCAGAUACUUGUUAUACAUGUCCUGUCUGAGUAGUGUAUUGGAAAUAAUGUGGAAGAAAUAAUGUAUGAUAUGUGAUUUUUUUCAUAUUUUUUUAUUUACCAAUCUUGUAUGUGUUUAUGGAAUCAAAUGAUUUUAAUUUCAUUACAAUCUAUUCGUAAUAUGUUUGCGAACAAAUUUAAUGUAGGUUGUCGGUAUUUUGGUUAUAGGGCACGAAUAUACAAUACAAGAGCAUUUCUAUGUUGGUGUUACAGCCCAGUUGUGUGUGGCCCUCCACCCACCUAUAAGGAAAACUUCAAUAAUCUAUAUACCCAGCUUUGUAAGUUCACGUCACUAUGUGGUCGAGUUUUAUAAAAUUCAAAGACUGCAAUUUCAAAUAUUUUUUUACCGAUGCCAUUUUUGUAGAAUCACUUUGUCAAAAUUUGUUUCCAUUACAAUUAAAUGAUUUAAAAUAAUAUUAUUGAUUGAAGUUGAAUAAUCAAAUCUUCUGGCUUGCUGUAGAUUUAUUUAUCUCCUUGCAGGGCUUUUUGUUGAAAAUAUUUCCCGAGCAACAUUCGUGAAAGACUUUGAAUUUGCCUUAUUGUUACACUUUGUACUUUUCAUUUUUGUGCCAUCAAACUAAUUCGGGUUUGAGCAGACCUUGAUUGAUGUUUGAUCACAAGUUUGCAUUGGAUAAUUUGCAGCUCUAUGAUGCUUGCUACUGAAACAAUUUCAUAUUGAUGUAGAUAGCGGAGAAUAUCGCUGCAAAUUAUUUUGCAUGGUCAUUUUAUGGAUGUCAUUGUGUUUUAAUUUGAAGCUGAAUAUGAUUACCUGGUUGAACAUAGA